AUGUUCGCGGAGGGCGGCUGCGGCGGGGCCGGGAGCGGGGCCGGGGCCGGGCCGGGCGGCUUAAACCAUCUGUCCUUUGAUCCUGCUAGCAACGGCAAAUCCCUGCAAUUCGGCUGCGCUGCUGGCCCGCGGGUGUCGGAAAGCCCAGCUGAGAAUGGAAGCGAUCCGGGCAAGAAGAGGAAGAGAGCAAACGUUCCUCCAGAUGGUGGCAGAAAUCUAAACCUCGACUCCGUCCCGAUGGGCUUGCCAAUGUCAGACCCAACUGCCUGGACCACGGCGAUGAACAACCUGGGGAUGGCUCCCAUGGGCAUGACGGGACAGCCCCUCCUGCCUGAUUUUGAUCCUGCUCUCGGGAUGAUGACUGGAAUCCCCCCAAUCAACCCCAUGAUGCCAGGCUUGGGGAUAGUCCCCCCUCCCAUCCCUCCGGACAUGCCUGCUGUGAAGGAGAUCAUUCACUGCAAAAGCUGCACUCUCUUCCCACCUAACCCACAUCUUCCCCCUCCAGCAACAAGAGAGAGGCCUCCAGGGUGUAAGACGGUGUUUGUUGGUGGGCUGCCGGAAAACGGAACUGAGCAGAUCAUUAUGGAAGUGUUUGAACAGUGUGGGGAAGUCAUAGCUAUUCGAAAGAGCAAGAAGAAUUUCUGUCAUAUCCGCUUUGCUGAGGAGUUCAUGGUGGACAAGGCGCUUUAUCUGUCUGGCUAUCGCAUCAGGCUGGGCUCCAGCACUGACAAGAAGGAUACUGGGCGCCUGCACGUGGACUUUGCUCAGGCUCGGGACGAUCUGUACGAGUGGGAAUGUAAGCAGCGGAUGCUGGCGAGAGAGGAGCGCCAUCGCCGGAGGCUGGAAGAGGAGCGCUUCCGCCCGCCCUCCCCACCUCCUGUCGUCCAUUACUCCGACCACGAGUGCAGCGUUGUUGCCGAGAAACUGAAAGAUGACACCAAGUUCUUGGAAGCCAUCCAGACCUUGCUGACCUGGAUAGAGCGUGGAGAAGUGAACAGGAGGACUGCCAACAACUUCUACUCCAUGAUCCAGUCGGCCAACAGCCACAUUCGCAGACUAGUGAAUGAGAAAGCAGCUCAUGAGAAAGAGAUGGAAGAAGCUAAAGAGAAAUUCAAACUCGCUCUCUCAGGGAUUCUGGUUCAGUUCGAGCAGAUAGUGGCCGUGUACCAUUCUGCCUCCAAACAAAAGGCUUGGGACCAUUUCACGAAAGCUCAGCGUAAGAACAUCAACGUGUGGUGCAAACAAGCAGAGGAAAUUCGUAACAUUCAUAAUGAUGAACUAAUGGGUAUUCGAAGAGAGGAGGAAAUGGAAAUGUCUGAUGAAGAAAUAGAAGAUCCACCAGAGAUGAAAGAAACAGAAGAAUCAGCGCUGGUGUCGCAGGUGGAAGCCCUGAAAGAAGAAAACGACAGUCUGCGCUGGCAGCUGGACGCCUACCGCAACGAGGUGGAGCUGCUAAAGCAGGAGCAGGGCAAAGCCAGCAGGGACGAAGACACAACCAAGGAGCAGCAGAUGAAGCUUCUCCAGCAGGCUCUGCAGGGGAUGCAGAAGCAUCUUUUGAAAGUACAAGAUGAAUACAAAAAGAGAGAAACUGAGCUAGAAAAAGUGAGAGAAGACAAAGUAAAAAUAGAAACGUUGUUAGAAAACCUGAAGGACCAGCAAAGCAUAGCAGAUGAAGAGGACAAGGAGAGAGAUGCAAUUGAUUGUCCAGGGAAUGAGAGCAGUACGUCCAGAGUUUGUGCGUGCAGCCAGGAGAAGGAAUGUCCGGUUGAGAAGACCCUGAGCAAUAGUCCUGUGAAAUCCGAACGAGAAGUUCUGCUAGUCGGAAUAAUUUCAACGUUUCUUCACGUGCACCCAUUUGGAGCAAGCAUAGAGUACAUCUGUUCCUACCUGCAGCGUCUGGACAGCAAAAUUUGCACUGCGGAAGUGGAAGUUCUCAUGACUCGACUCCAGAACACGUUCAGGCAGGAGCUGAGUGGGGUUGGGGCCAGCCUAGAGAAACGGUGGAAGUUCUGUGGCUUUGAUGGAUUGAAAAUGACUUGAGCUUCGGCUUAACGCCGAGAACAGCAGCAGGAUAUGUAUGCCAAGAAAACCUGGGAUGCCUCUUACCUCUGUUCAUGAUGAUUAUCUUGCACGCAUCACGGACUCGGGUGGGAUAAUGUGUAAGUGAAGCUGUAAGUCCAGAGCAGCACUGGAAGAAACUUCAAAUUCUGUAGUUUCUGUAGCUGACAGUUAUUUGUUAACGGGCAAGUGCUGGUCAAUAUAUUUUGUGAAAAAAGUUGAUGUCUGAUAUUUUUCAGCACAGCGUGUUGACUAUAUGUUUUGCCAACGUUGUAUGUGUUUUGUGUGCCCAAAGCUCAUCCUAUACCUUCUUUUUACUGGCAGGAACAGCCAUAGAUUGUCCUCUGAAGCAACAACAAAGAGGCAUUUUCUGAUUUCUAGAACUACCAAAAGGAGGAAAAAAAGAGGCUUUUUUAGACAUUUCUAUGGUUAAAACCUGAGGUAUGUUUAAAGAGAAGAUUUAGAUGGCUCAGAGUUCUCUGAGCCAAACAACUGGUGUUUUUUCAUGCUAUUUUCUCUACUAAUGGUUUAACAGUUAAGCUAAGAUGAAGGCAGUGUCUGUAGGAGCCCAGUGUGAUUCUGGCAGUGCCACUGGUGGCCUGUGCAUUGCAGAGUCAGUCUGUAAAUAAUUUUUUACAUGGGAAGGGUAUUUAAUUUUCUAUUGAUCUGGGUAGGGCAAAGAGCCUACAUCAGACCUCUAUUUUAGUAAUGGCUUAGCACCGAAUUUCUCCACCCACCGAGCUUCUGAAAGUGCUACAAGCAGCAGAGUCUUUUCUCCUCCUGAAUCUUCCCAAAGGCUGUUCCUCGUGUUCUCAGCAAAUGCCAGGCUCCUGCCCGAGCCCCUGCAGAAGGUUAGUGAGGUGUAGGGUAAAAUGCCUCGGCCCGUCGCUCCAGCCUGGCCAGAUCCCUCUGCAGAGCCUUCCUACCCUCCAGCAGACCAACGCUCCCGCCCACCGCGGUGUCCUCUGCCAAGUGACCGAGGGGACGCUCGAUCCCCUCGUCCAGAUCGCUGAUAAAGACAUUAAAGACAACCGGCGCGGUGCUGAGCCCUGGGGAACACCACGCGUGACCGGCUUCCAUCUGGAGCGGCGGGCUCUAGGGAGUCAAACCGCUCCUAACACGCGGGGCCACCCACCGCCUCUCCCUCCUUGCCUGUCCCUCCUCAAGAGCCGCCCGCUGCAGCACCCCGCUCGUGCCAGUCAUCCCACCGCGUUCCGUGAUGGCAACUAUACCACAGCUCUGCUGCACGGCGGCUUCCAGCCCCUCCUGCGUGUUGCCCGUGCCGCACUGGGGUAGGUGCGCUUCAGCUGGGCUGCUGCUCCCGCUGCCUUUUUCGGGGAGAAGCCCUAAUUCCUACAUAACCGUUCUCAGGCACUUCCGUGGUUUCUAACCCACCAGUAACUCUUGUGUCUUUGCUGCCGCAUGGCUCUCCAGCCCCUGCCUCUGCUGAGAGGGCAGACCGAAGGACCUCGCUAGCACACCAUCCCUCAAACAUUGGCGUGCUGCCCCGGGGUUAGCUCUAGCCUGGUUUUGUCCCCUUCCCCCUUCCAAUCUGGUUUAAACCCUGGUGUCGUGUGGACCGACCCGUGAUCAAAGCCCCCGAGCCCUGCCGGGGCCACCAGGCUCGGAGCCAGGUACUGACCCGCUGGCUCUCCCCGCGUCUCCCCUCAUCGUUCCCUGCACUGGGGGACAGAAGAACGCUGCCGUGCUCCUGCUCCUUGGCUGGCCGGCCCAAGGCCAUGAAGUCUCUCUCGACUGCCCUCGGACUUCUGGCUGCAACUACCUGGAAAAUCAGUAAUGGAGAAUAGUCCAGUAAUGGAGAAUAAUCCAGUAAUGGAGAAUAAUUGGAGGGCUGCAGCCCUCCCCAAGAAGUGGGUCUGGUCGGCACAUUGGGCCCUCUGUUCCCCUCGGAAGGGAGUCUCCUACAACAGCGACCUGUCUCUUUUUCUUUAUGGAAGCAGUUUUGUUGCAGGGCAUAAGCUGACUUAACCUGGGUGGCACCUCCAGCUGAGAUGAACCGUCAUCAUCGUUGGUUCCAUUGCAGAGCCUCAAGCCUACUAUGGCUGGCACCUACGCCAUCGGCACCUACGCCAUCGGCACCUACGCCAUUGCCCUGUCCCCUAAGUCACCGUGUCCAGCCAGGCCAGUCUGUGUUCUGCAGAGACCUCUCCUUCGGAAAACGAGGAAAGAAACUUUAGAAAACUGGCCUGGUUUAGAGCCCAGCGGGCAGACACGGUCGGAGCCCACGGGAUGUGGAAAGGCAGGUCCUUGGCUCUGCCUCCAGAGAUCAGCUGGAUGAGCGGGGCGCGGUGGCUGGGUCAAACCUAAAACGUGGAAGCUAACGCAGCGGAAGGACUUGUCAGGGUCCGGAGCGUCGGGUGGGAGUUGCGGUUUGGCCAGCGAGAGACCCAUCCUGGGGGGGCUGGGGGGCUCCCCUGAGCUGCGGCUGAGACUCUUCUGCAUCUCGUGGAGGACCAGGCGGGUGGUUCUGCGGGCAGCGGGUGGAGCGGGGACUGACAGAGCGAUGGCUCUGUGCUGUAAAAGCGAGUAAGGCCAAGUGAGUCCCGGGUCCUGCUUCUUCCCCUCCGCAGGCUUUUGUUACCAAGGUCCUUCCAGAGGGACCGAGGUUUCCCUGAAACCUUCUGUGCUCUUUGCCACCAGGAGAAAUCCGUUCUGCAGCUGGGCUCCCUGGACAGUGAGGAGGCGAGCGGGAUGCCGCUGCAGGUGCCAAACCCUCGCUCUGCAGCGUGCGGGGGGAGCGGGUGCCUCUUGGAGCCGCUGGCCAGGGCCCCCCGCGGGUCCUGGGUGCCGGCAGCGCCUUGUCGGGACCGGGCUGCCUGCUCUCCUUGCUCCUGCCACCUUCCUACGCGGGAAGCGGACGAAAGCCCUUCUAAAGAAAUGUUCUGAAUAGGUCUGUCACUGCAGGUGAAUGUUGUAUUUUUAAGGAAUAAACUUUUUUUUUUUAAUGGUCAAA